GCUCCGCCUCACUCCCCUCUGACCCGGUGUCUCGUCUCUCUCUCUUCCUGUUCCAAACCACGUGGACGCGCCGGGGGCUGCGGGAGGGAACCCAGGCCGCCCCUGCCGCUGUCGCCGCUACUGCCAGUACCGCGACCCCCUCGCCCAUCCGAAGUCGCCUCGUCCCUGCUGCCCGCAGCUUUGCGGAGGGCGUGCACAUGGCGAGCCAGGCGCACUCCCUCAGCUACUCAGGCUGCAACUUCUUGCGCCAGCGUCUGGUCCUGUCCACUCUGAGCGGGCGCCCAGUCAAAAUCCGAAAGAUUCGGGCCAGAGAUGACAACCCCGGCCUCCGAGGUAACUCCGGGGCGCGCAGCUCGCAAGAUUUUGAAGCCAGCUUCAUAAGACUGUUGGACAAAGUAACUAAUGGUUCUCGAAUUGAAAUAAACCAAACAGGAACGACCUUAUAUUAUCAGCCUGGCCUCUUGUAUGGUGGGUCCAUGGAGCAUGACUGCAGCGUUCUUCGCAGCAUUGGGUAUUAUCUGGAAAGUCUGCUCUGCCUGGCUCCAUUUAUGAAGCACCCGCUGAGAAUAGUUCUGCGAGGAGUGACCAAUGACCAGGUUGACCCUUCGGUUGAUGUUCUGAAGGCAACAGCACUCCCUCUACUGAAACAGUUUGGGAUUGAUGGUGAAUCUUUUGAGUUAAAGGUUGUACGACGGGGGAUGCCGCCUGGAGGAGGAGGUGAAGUGUUUUUUUCAUGUCCUGUGAGGAAUGUCCUGAAGCCUAUUCAACUCAUAGAUCCAGGAAAGAUCAAACGUAUCAGAGGAAUGGCGUAUUCGGUACGUGUAUCACCUCAGAUGGCAAACCGGAUUGUGGAUUCUGCAAGGAGCAUCCUCAACAAGUUUAUACCUGAUAUCUAUAUUUACACAGACCACAUGAAAGGCAUCAACUCUGGGAAGUCUCCGGGCUUUGGGCUGUCCCUGGUUGCCGAGACCACCAAUGGCACUUUUCUCAGCGCUGAGCUGGCUUCCAACCCCCAGGGCCAGGGCGCAGCGAUGCUGCCCGAAGACCUCGGCAGGAACUGCGCCAGGCUGCUGCUUGAAGAGAUCUACCGGGGUGGAUGCGUGGACUCGACCAACCAGAGCCUGGCUCUAUUACUCAUGACCCUUGGACAGCAGGAUGUUUCCAAAGUCCUGCUCGGACCACUCUCUCCCUACACAGUUUUGUUUUCUUCAGUUUGCUACAGAGCCUUGUAUAGUUUUUUUAAGUCAGCAAACUCUGUGGAGAUGGUGAAGAUGUGACUGGACAUUUUUUAAAGUUCCUGUGUCCUUGACACACUCCCUCACUAAACAUUAAUUGCAGUGUCUUGUCUUCCAGAAACCUUGCCUAAAAUUACACAUCUCUUGGAAAACAAAGUAGUCUGCUCUGAAUGGAGCUUUACAGAAGUGGGACAAAUUGCAAAAUUUUGUGUUUUGAGCCUUGGGUCUGGAGCUCGCAGGACAUGUUCCUCUGGGUUACCCACCUCCCAGGGCUUCCUGCAAGAGGGGUGGACAGGGGCUUGGAAAGGGCAGCCUCUCAUUUUUCAGUAAACUAGCAUGAGGUGGUGGUGGGAGGGGGUGUCUUUUUGAAAACUGUUUCUAUUUGGGACCCUUAAUCAUCAUGGAAAGCUCCAGAAGCCCAAAGUGAUGCAGGGCAAAGGUGGGAAGAAAUACAUGAGCUGCAGGGCAGACAAAGUUAUCAUCACCUGUUUACAUACAGGCAUUACAUACAUUACGUUAAUGGUGAAAAGGACAGAAUCCACUGUCAGGUAGAUGGCGGUGAGGGGACAGCUUAUCCCAGUUGGAUUCAGGAACUUGGGAGACCAAACUAUCACACUUAUUUUUAUGUGCGGUUAAAAUAAUAAAAAUCUGCUUUCUGUAACCUCAGAUUUCUAAAGAAAACCAGAAGCAAGAUCCUCCUUGGUUUAAAGAAAUGUAUUUCUUCUGGCAGUUUGCACAUUUUGAUUUGUAUAAAUAACUUUAAAAAUGUAUUUACAGAGCACUGGGAUCAGGCAAGAUAGUUUUUUUCCAGCAGUGUUGCUUUCUAAAACCCUUUCUGGAAAAUAAGGGUCCCUUGUUUUUCUCCUUUCAUCUUCUCUCUUAUUGCAGGAUGUGACUGGUAAUGAUUUUCUGUGUUACUUGAGAAAGUAAGUCAAUAUGUGUGAAAUUCUCUGGGAAAGCCAGAGAUUUUUUUUUCCCCCCAGUAGAAUGAAAUAGUAUUGGAUGACAUGGUGGUAAUGUGGAGAAUCUUAUUUCUUUUCAGUUUGUGGAGUUCUGGGUGAUUUACAAUUGGUAAUGAUGAUUCUACGUUCCCUUCAAAAAGCUUAGUUUUACAGUUUAGGGACAGUUUGCACUUCAUUUAAAAUUAUGGUUACAUAUCAAUGAACGUCUUAAUUAGCGUUUGCAGAAACCUUUUAUGAUCAGAAACUGCAGUGACCACAGCUCUCUGUGUUCUUCCAGUGCACUGGUAUUGGAGCCCAGCCUAUUUGGAUUUCAGUUCUGGGUAUACCUUGCAGCACUGGGAGACCAUGGACAAGGUCCUUGGCAUCUCUGAGCCUCAGUUUCAUCCAUAGAGAAAGUCAUUGGUCCUAAAGUCAUGGGCUUGUGGAGGUGGAGUGAGGCUUUUAGAGGAGAUUGGGCACUUAGCCCUCCAAACAGCAUGCCUGGUGAAGCUCCAUCAGUGCUCGAAGCACAGGGAACUCCAGUCUCCUGUUUAGGUUAUUUUGAACAUAAGGAGGAGUUGCUCUGGGUGAUCUCAGGCCUGAAGUCAGCUGUAAAUUGUCUAUCUCUAGAUCUGCAUCCACUAAUUUUUUAAAAUUUAUGACUUAGCUUCCUUCAGUCUCAUUAAUAAACAGAUUACACAUAUUUUACUUACUGUUCCCAAGAAUUCUGUAAGUUUAUUUAACAACAUUUACAGUGUUCACUGUUGACCAGGUGUUGUUUUAAGUGCUUUACAAAUAUGAACUCAUUCAGGUUUCAUGAUAAUCCCACAAGGGUUUAGAUAAAGACAGGUACUGUUGCACACUCUAUUUUACAAGUGAGGGGAUUGAGACACAGAGAGGUCGAGUCACAUGCCCAGGGUCACUCACACAGUCAGCAACUGAGGUUUUUGAACUCUGACGUCCUGUCCCUGACCCACUGUGCUUUUCAGUAGAGCUGGGAUUCAUACAUGUUAUUGAACUCCAGGUACCUCCCUGCCUGAGCAAGGGUGCCAUGCUGUAUCUUCUCAGAGUCCUUGUUUCAAAUUGUCAUAAAAUAAUUUCCUUCUGUCUUUCUUUGGAAGUCUAAAGUAAACCAUGUCACUUUGUUUUAUUCCAGUUUUAAUAAUUGACAUCUUUAUACUAUUUUUGAAGUGCUGGGGAGUGAGAGCCCAGUGUCCUUGUCAGACGCUGACUGAUGGGGGUCGUUGGCUCACCCAGCAUGUAGCACAGCGAUGUGAGGAUCAAGGCGAGUGAUGCACAGGAGUACUGGGAGCUGCUGGUUGAGCCUGCUGCUCUUUGGGUUUGUUGCCUAGCUGCUCUCUAGGAGCCAGCACAACACAUGCUGCUGUAUUUACAUCUGGGGAGUGGUUUAAAUGCUGCAAAGCCCUGCCAGCUUACUAUGCUCUUUGAGCCACAGAACACAUUUGGAAUAUGGUAAAAACAAGUGAUAUCCUUACUUUUCAUAUGAAAAAGAGGUCAGUCACCUGCUCAUAGUUAGUUCUUGGCUGAACUUGGCCUGGGGCCCCCGUCUCAUGAGAGUGCAGCCUGCCUGGCUCUCUUGUUUCCUGUUGCCUUAUAAUGGAGUUUAAUAACUUCAUUCCUGGAGCAGAGGUCAGUGGGGCUUUGGGAAAGUUGCUCUUUGGCAGAAGAAGUACCACCAAUACAUCUAAAAGCUGCCGUGUAGUGACUUCAAGGAGCCCCAUUGAGCAGAUUCUCUUCCCACCCCCAGAUCUUCCAUCCCCUCAGCUUGCAGAUCAACUCCUUAGACCCCAAAGGUAGGUGAUUCCAGUGUCUAAGUGGCUUGAUGGAGCAGGAGGCAGGACCCUCUGGCAUGGUUUGGUCUGUGGAGCUGCCAGAGGGAGCUCACUGUGACUCCUCUCACUGCCAUGCUCUAGCAGGCUCUAGAGGGGGACCUGCUAAGAGGGGCUGUAUUUUAAGGGGCAGUGCCAGGCAACCUGGCAAGUUCCAGGCAAUUGGGAUCAAAUGGGCAGAUGACAGUGAGCCCAGUGGCCUUCACCUGUUGACCAGUAGUGGUGGUGGGAACAACCUGCUCUUGGAAAAUACCCAGGAAAAAUUACCUCUGUGCUCUAGGAGUCUCUGAAACCUGAUUGUCAGAUGGACUGGAGGCAUUCACAAAAAGUCGGUUGUUUAUAUAUAUAUAUAUAUAUAUAAAUCACUUUGUUCUGGGGUGGGGGAAGCUCACUCUGGAUACUUCUCUGAGUCAGGAUUUAAAUUCUCUGCACAGGAUUUGCAUAGGCCCAGUUGCCUGAGAUGGUUAAUCUGAGAAGCUGCCAGUCACACCAUGUGGGGGUUAUCUGUAGAGGAGCAGGGCUGUCCUCCGUAUCCCCUAGGUGCCUCUUCUGCCUGGCUCUGUAGCUGGGGUGUAUAUUUAGGAGGUGUGGGUCUAUUGUAUGGUGUUUGGAAGAGAAGAAAGGGGAGUGGUGCCUUAAGGGCCAACAUGUGGCUAUGGCCGUGUGGGGCUGUGGAGGAGGAUGUGGACAGGUCCUGAACGUGACUUUGUUCAACUGCAUGUAGAGGUGGGUGAAUUUAUUCUGUUUGAUUUUCUUAAGGAGAUUGUUAGGAUUCCAUAUCGUCUGAGGUUAUUUCUCAUAGCAAAAAAAAGCUAUAUUUGCUUUUUGCUAUGCCAAGCAGCAAGAGACUUAGGGAUAAUGAGGCUGGAGGGGAAGGGGAUCAUAAGACAUACUUUAAUCCAGCCCUUACACAGUCUUCUUCAGACUGGCUGGAGGGUUGGCAGAACAUUAUGUAAGAAGUGGAACUGACUUUGCUUUUUCUAACACUUCCAAAGGCUACAAAUACCCCAUGCAACUAUGCAGGCCUGCACACUCAAGCCUGUGUUUCUGCCCUCCUUCUCCAAGAGAUCAGAAGCAGGCUGUGGCCUCUUAGGAAUUCUGCCAGAUGAGGAGGGUGUCUGGUUUUUCUAGCACAGUUGAGCAAUUCAGGUGGAAGAAUGAAGUAGCCUGGGGAGGCUUUCGGGCCUGUGUUCGAACUGAGGCAGCAGCAAAAGAGAACAGGCUGUUUGCUGCUUAGAAUGCAGACGGGUGGGUGAGAUGGCUGGCUUUUUCUUCAUUACUGCCAGCUGGAAGCUUUGCCCACAGAUGUGGACUAUUUAUCUGUGGCUUUGAUGUGUUUGUUUUCUUUUUUUCCUAGGGCAGGGUUGAGGAGGUUGUAAGGCUGGGACAGAGAACAAAAAUCUGAAAAUUUCAAUUGGUUAGUAAAAUGGGAAAGCCAGCAGGGGAAGAAUAGACUCCCCUUAAUUGCUCAGAAUGUUGAAGUCAUUUCUCAAAAGUAUUCCUGAACCCUAACUCCCGGUUUCUGUUGGUUACCCCAUUCCUGAGUGCCUUAUAUAGUGCCUGGCAGGUAAAAUGGGUUAAGGUCAUUGCCAUGGAGAUGCUUAUAUAAUUUGCCAAGAGGGGGCAAGGGGCAAUUGUGAGACAGCUAUACAUGAACAUUUCAUGCGACUCCAUAAGCAGAGCCAAGAAUGCUGUGGAAACCUGGAGGGGUCAUAGGCUAGAGAAGGCCUUGUAGAUUAGGCAGCAAACAGGAUGUUACUUUAAAGAUGGAAAUGAAAUAGCACGAUUCAAGGUGGAAGAGAGAGCAAAGGAGUGAGGAGUUAUACUAUGAGUGUGCACUCAUCACCCUGCUCUCCAGGGUGGUUACUGUUCGAUCUCGUAACCCCGUCUCAAGCAGAGGAUAUGCAAUUGUUCAGGCUUUCUUUUCCCCUUUUUGCCUUUCCCUCUUUUGUCUAGAUUAAUGAGGACAGAGGGGUAGGAGAUGGUGGAAAAUACAAUAGACUUUAGAUUUAGCUUGGAAUACCGUGUGAGGAUGAGAGCCAAGGAUCAGUUCUUUUUUUUUUCUUAACUUAACAGAAUUUUAACCAGCUUUCAGUUCAGUUCAGUUUAGUCGCUCAGUUGUGUCCGACUCUGCGACCCCAUGAACCGCAGCACGCCAGGCCUCCCUGUUC